CAGCCAUUAACUGAAAAGCUGGAGUUUUGAGUCUUUCCCGAGGUGCCUCAGAAAAAAGGCCUGGUGAUCUAUUUCCAAAAAAUCAGUCACUGAAAACUCUAUGGAGAACAACGUCACAAAAGCAAGAGUUGGUACUGCCAUUUCUUCCGUCCCCGGUCUCUGCACCUUUUGCAGAGCCUCCAGCAGCGCCGUGCUGGGGCCGCGCAUCCAUGAGUUUUCCACCUCUGUGGUUCCCAGGAGCCAUUAUAAGAAGGGCCCAGGGAAGGAUUUGCUAUUUUCAGUGGAAAACAAGUGUUGUUUACUAAUUAUCAUGAUUUUAUACUUUGAAUCUGGGUUUGCUGCAUGUUUCUUUAUACUAAGACACCAACCACUUAAAAAAUAAGGAUGUUUAAGUUCAUCCGUGAAACGGGUAAGAAGACAAGCAUAUUAAAAAGUGCAAUCUUUGAAAAAUGGAUCAAACUCUGUUGAACUCAUAUACCAUAGUGGAUAUG